CGUAGACCUGCAGGCAAGGCCGCUGACCACACAGCGCCGGCAGCUGGGGCUCAACGUCACCCGGGAGCCUUCCCUCCCUCAGGGCUAACCUGACUUAAGGACUUGUAACAAUCAAGCCAAAGCCUAGAGAUGGAAGCAGACGAGGUCACAGAAGAGCCUCAUACCACCAUGGAUGCAGAGGAGCACCCCUCUUCAGAGAACCCCCCUGCCAAGGACUCACAGGGGCCCCCUAUCCAUGAAACCCCUUUGGAGCCUGCCAUCUCUGAGAACUCUUUAAACCACUCUGUCUCUGAGAUCUCCUUGGAGACCCUUAUCCCUGAGACCCCAUUGGAGACUCACAUCUCUACGGUCCCAGAGAAAGAGCUUACUUUUCAUACCUCAUCAGUAGACCAUGUCCCUGUGUCUUCCUCUGAUGCUCUGAAUGAAGACCUCUUCUCUGAGACUUCCUCCAGUGAGGUCUCAUGGACAAAGAAGUCCAUCCAGACCUCUGAAUCUGAGAUCCUUCAAAAGGACUCCCUUUCAGGCCCUUCGGCCCAGGUCCACCGGGACAUAGCAGAAAAGAGGGAAGAGCAAGGAGAGGAUAAGGAAGGGGUGGAUGCCACUGCCAGCACCCCUCACACAGCUCAGCCUGCACACCUACUGGGCAAGAAGAAGGGGAAGAAAGGAGUUAGCCGUAAUUGUUCCUGCCCUUUUCCACAUUCUUAUCACUGUCUCUCACCUGCCCCAGGAGGAGGGGAUUUGGGUUACUCUUUGACCUUGCCCCUUCUCUUAGUUUUAGGCCUCCUCACUUCCCCUGGGUUAUUCAGCCCUCCCUUCCUAGGUUACACAGUCCACCCAGUGGUCCCUGCUAAGGCAGAGUUGGUGGAAGUGGCUAAAGCAAUGCAAAGAGAGAAGUUUGGUGCUCAGGUGAAUCAUCUUUUCCAGUGGGAGAAGAAUGCAGCCCUUAACGCCAGGCAGAUAGGCCUCUACAUUGGCUGGCGCUGCCCCCACUAUCUAUGGGAUUGUUUCCGGAUUGGGGAGGAGUCCAAGUGCUUUUGUGGACACUUGUUGAGAGAGCACCAGAUAGUCUCAGACAUAUCCGUGCCCUGCAAUGUGGGUCAGUGCCGCUGCCUCAUGUUCUGCUUUAUUCCAUCACGCCCGGAGGAGGUGGGUGAGUUCUGGCUCAAAAGACGGGCCACCUUUGACCCCAAGGCCUGGAGAGCCCAAUGUCGCUGUAAACACAGCCACGAAGACCACUCAGCUAUCGGGUCCCAUCCCUGCAGGGUCAAAGGCUGUUGCUGCAACUGCUUCGAGUCUAAUUUCCUCUGCGCGGCCUGUGACCGGCGCUGGGAGGAACAUGAGACUUUCUUUGAGACUGAGGGGACCCGGCGACGAGGAAGGAAGCCUCACGGGACAAAUAUGGUCAACACCUGGCGCAGGCCUCUGUGAGCCUGGCCCAGAUGAGCAAUAAAAGGGGAAGCCGCUGGAAUCUGACCUGGCUCUGUAUGGGGCAGACAGGGCCCAGCCCAGGAACCUUAGAGUCAGCACCUAUUGGGGGCGAACAAGAGUACCAGGCACGAGAAAGUCUGGAUCCAGCCAUCUGCCUCCACUACACCUACAUUUAGGCUCCAGCUCUGGCAUCAGAAGGAGAGAGGGGCUUCAAGGAAGCCAAGGAGAGAGGGGGUUUCAAGAAGGAUAGAGUAAGCAGUGAUGUUAGAUGCAGCUGGGGGCUCCAGUAAGAUAAAGACUGAAGCGUCCAUUGGAUUUUGCAGUUAGAAGUCUUUGGGGACAUCAGAGAGUGUACUUUCAGUGGUGCAGUGGAGGCAGAAACCAAACAGCAGUAAAUUUGAAGGAGUUUCUUUAAGAUGCAGGAGAGAGAAGUCAGACAAUUUCCUGAGGGAGACGUGGAAGUAUUUUUUAGGAGGGAAAAAGGGAAGGGGCCAGUAGAUAAAAAUACCUUAAAGGAUGCAGAAGAGAAAGAGAGAUGCCUGGUGAGACAAGAUCCCAGAGACGGAGGGGGGAGAUGAGAUCCAGGCAGAGGUGAAGGGAUUUGCUCUGGACAGGAGAAACACCACUUCCUAAGACCAAGAGGAAGGAAGGAAGAAAGGAUG